UUUCACUUUUCUCCUUGCACAACCGCCACCUCCAUAGAUAUCAUACAACGAAAACAGUUUUCUUCGGCAAAACCUAAAUGCUAUCACUGGGAAACCACUUCACCGCUUAGUCUUCGACAUCAUCACCAUCACCCUAAUCGGGGUCAGAGCCUUCAAACGUGAAACCUAGGGCAAAGGUUGAGGAUUCAAAAGGGGGUUUUAGCUCUACAACAAACAAUUAAAGCAUCGCCGAAUCUAAACUCAUUGGGUUGUCCGAAGCUCCUAAUAUUUCUUAUAUCGUUAUCGGGUUGUUUGAAGCUCAAAUCCCUCAAUUUGUCGAAAAUUUCUAGGGCUCACCGGUAGUUCGAAGCCUAUUGGGCUUUCUCUGCAGGUUAUUGAUCUAUUGUCCAACCAAAUUUCUGGGUCGGAAGUUUUUCCGUAGACACUAUCAGACGGAUGUGGUGAGCUCCUAGAGUUUAAUGUUUCCGGUAACAACAUUUUCAGCACCAUUCAUGAGACCUUGAAAUCACGUUCUUCUCUUCAAUUGGUUGAUAUUUCCCAGAAUAAUUUCUUCGGUGUCUUACUUAUGGAUACCCUUUUGACUUUGAGCAGCCGGAAGACUUUGACGCUGUCGUUCAAUAAUUUCGUUGGUGAGUUGCCUGACUAACGACGUUGUUGGAGCUGACCAAUCUCGACAAGUUUGAUGUGAGUUCCAACAAGUUUUCCGGUGAAAUCCCGUUGAGACUUUGUCAAAGUUAGCAAAUGUUCUCUCCCCCCCUCUCUCUGUCUCUCUCUCUGUCUCUCUUUCUCUCUCUCCUCUCUCUCUGUCUCUCUUUCUCUCUCUCCUCUCUCUCUCUCUCUCAUCGAGUUUUAGAUACCGAAACGCCCACAAGUGGGGUCAAUUUUAGGGCUUACUGAAGUUGUGGUUUCUUAUUCUGGAGGCGGUAGUGGUGUCGUUUGAUGAAGAGGAACAUUGCUUACAAAUGUAGGAUUAAGCUGAAGAAGCACCCGCAACCUUCGUCGGACACUUACAACCAUAUCCAUGAUCUUAAUAGAUUACGAAUAUCGCUAUACGUUGGUAGGUUUAUUGUGAAGAGUUGUGGUAAACCGAGUGAAAUAAUAUCAAAAUUAAAUGAGAGGGCUGGAUGUGGUCCAAAUAAAGAGAUUGAACUAUAUGUGGUUUCUGCUAUUUCAAGCCUUGAAAAAAGGAAAAACAAAAUUAAGUUUUGUUAGAUCUGUUGGUGAGGCUGUGGACGCCCAUCUUCAUUAUUCAAGCAGGUAAAUGAUUAUUUAUCAUUUUCCCUUUCAAUCCGUUUUCUAUAUUUAACCACAGGACGAAUGCCGAGGAUGUACACUUCACAUUUGUACCCGAUGAUGAUACUUCUGAAAACGAAUGUUGAGAUCAGGAGCUCAUACACUAUAGCAUCCUAUAGCUUGGAUUGAUUUUGAAAAGGGGCUCAUUGAUGUGGUAUCAGAUUCACAUUGAUUUCAGUUGUAUGUGGAGAGGAAAUACAUAUGACUCCUAGUGACAGGCAUUAAUUCAAACAUGGCUAGACUUAUAUGGGGAUAAUUCACCAGCACCUACUUUCUAAGGAUCUACAAGAUAGUUUGGAAAAAGAUAUCACUAAUAGCAUUAUGAAGGUAGUUGAUACACAAAUGCAAAAGAUUGGGUCAAUGUGGAACACACGUUCUUAACAAUGGCUGCUGUGAUUAAGAAAAAUCAGGUGAAGGAAUUUGAAUACAAUACUUAGCCACCUAUCACUAAGCUGAUAACACCUAUCAAUGAGAAGCCAGACGGAAAAGCAGAAUCACCAAAUGCUCGAUCAAGACUAAAUGUGAAAGAAAAGUUGGUACUCCAAAUAAGCUAAAACAGUGUAAUUGUAAGCACUCACGAUGCUUGAAAAUGUAAGUACCACCUAGGGAUGAGCAUUAGAACCGCAAGAACCAGAAGCGGACCGGUACCAAACCGGAACUGGACCGGGUUUAGUAAUAAGGUUCGGUUACCAGUUCUCCACUUUUAUAAAAAUCGGUUCCAUUUCUAACACUGUUUUCUAAAAAACUGAAACCGGACCAAAAUUUGUCUCGCUUAUUGAAAUUCAUAUAACUCACUCAUAUGAAGUCAGAAUUACUUGAUUUUUUUUUCAAUAUGUAACUUGGUGUUUGUACUUCAUUUUAGACUGUAGAAAUACAUAUUUUGGUUAGAAAUUGAAUCAAAUAGAGGCCCCAGAAGACGGCAUAUCAAUGUUGUGGUUUUCUAGUUUCACCAUUUUGGUUUUUUUGGAAUCUGUCCGACUUUUCAAAAUACGCAUAACUCACUCAUAUGAAGUCGAAAUUACUUGAUUUUUUUCUAGCAUGUAAUUUGGUG